GUCACAUUGCUGUGGAUCAGAAAUUCAUAAAAUAUACUUAAAUAGACAGCAUAAAAAAGACGAAAAGUUAUUCAAAAUUUCCGUUGUGCUCGAAUCGCGAGAAAUGCAGGCAAUCGAUGAAUUUCAUAACCUUUGCAAUGAGUUUUUCUCUGAAUCGAUGACCCAGGUCUGCUCGGACGUCGUACCAGAGUCCCUGAUCAAGAAGUAUCGCAUUCGGCUGAUCAGUACCAAGGAUCCCUACAGUAUUUACCAGCUUGACCACGAGCCUUCCAGCUAUAUGCUGAUCUUUCGCUUCGCGGACAUGACCAAAUGCCGUACCCUCCGGAUGACCGAUAUGGAAAAUCUGGAUUGCAGGACUGUUGACGGCGUAUCGAAGAACUUGUUCUUCAGAUAUGGCCACCACAAGUGCUACAACUUUACCAUGAGUCUGACCUCGGAGCUCAAGAAGCACUGUGGCGCCAGGGACUACGAGGAGAAUAUGCAAUCAGCCUACUACUUCACGAACCACGAAGAGAACCAUGUCAUUAUCAGCAACUCAACUGCUGGUGUUCUACUGGGAACUUCAACUCUGAUACUGUGCCUGAUCAUAUCAUUACUAAUGUUCACAAUUCUGCAUUGGAAGGCAUCUCGGUUGUGAGUCAAUCCUAGUCAAUCCAGCUUCAAAAUCAUUGUUCCGACAUGAGGAGCCAGUAUUCCUGGGAUAUCGAAAUCCUUUGUUCGCCAUCCUCAUAUGGCUUUAAGAAGAUCCGAAGAUCCCAGUCGGCAUCAAGGAAGUGCAAAGAAGCUGUUUCAACCCCUUCCAAUGAGCUGGAACUAUACAUUUCGAAAAAGGCAUUGUCCUCCAAAUUGAACAGUUCGCCCAAGUUGUAAUUUGAAAUUUUGCGAGAUCUAAAAACGA